AUGGAUACGCGAAGAAAAACUUCAACUAAGCGAAAAGAUGAAAUGACGAAAUCAACCACUGUUCACACUCGAAUAGCAGAACUUCGUAAAUUAACGACGAAACAUGGGGUUUAUAGUGUAUGUGAACUGAGUAGCUAUGGAUUCGAAUAUACGGGUGAAGGAGAUACAGCGAUAUGUGAUAGCUGCGGAUUGAAGAUAUCAGAUUUGACACUAGAUGUCAAUCCUAAAACAAUCCAUUUCGAAAGAAGUCCUGAUUGCUCAUUUCUUAAGUCUCUGAAGUUAAAAUCACCAGAACUAAUACACCAUUCAACAUCGUCAUCAUCAUUGGCAACAACCGCUCAUAAUUCGUCGUCAUCGAAUGAAUCGGAAAAGCCCUCGAAGCGAAUAAAAAUAGAACCAAAUGAGUUAAUGUCAUCAGUUAAUAUGUUAUAUGAAACAAGUUCACUUCAACAAGUACGAAGAAGGACUUUUUCUCAUUGGCCAAGUCGUACUAUUCCGUCUGUAGCGCAAAUGAUCGAAGCUGGAUUCUUCAACUGCAAUGUGGGUGACAGAGUGAUAUGUCUGUAUUGCAAUCUUAUCUGUCAACAAUGGACUCCUCAUACUGAUGAUCCGAGCGAAAUUCAUAAAACACUUUCGCCAAAAUGUCCAUAUGUUAAAGGGAAAUUGAUACGUCCCCCAGCAUCGUCAAUAAUUAUUGUAAAUGAAGGCGGAGCUACUGCGGUCACCGGCAGCAACUCAUCAUCAAACCAAUUUGAUCCAUUAAGAUCGAACGAAAUUGUUUUCACAGCUGCUUGUAAUCCUGCUUACACAGAAAUACCAAAACGUCACGCAUCAUUUGAACAAUGGCCAAAGGAGAACUUACCUUCCGUCGAUGAUUUGAACUGGGGUCCAAACGAUAAUCCUAUGAUCGAGCAUGCAAGAUGGUUUCCACAUUGCGCUUAUGCGAAACAACUGUGUGGUGAUGAUUUGUAUCGUAAGAUUCAGGAGUCAAAACGAGCACAGCAAGAGCGGGCAAAAGCUAAUGAACUUAGAGAGAGAGCGACUGUAAGUGGAGCGACGAAUACAACAAGCGCUGCCACAACAAACAAUAACCGUCAAUUAUUAAUACCUGAUGAAAGUACUUUGUCAAGACUGGUGGCAGCACGACUCGAUUUACCAAUUUCUCAGCGAUUACUCGAUCAAAAUUUCAAACUAUCUAUCAUCAAACGUUGUUGGGAAGAUCAAUUACGACUGAAACAGGAUGAUUUUCAAUCAGAAUGUGAUCUCUUCAUUGCUUGCACUAUUCUCCAGAAGCAAAUCGAACACAUAGAUGGUAAAAAGGAGAAUAUUGUCAUACCAAGCAUCAAGAUGAAACAGAUUCGAGAAAAAAAUGAAGCACAACUUCGUGAGCCAACAUCUAAUCAAGCACAAGUCAUCUCCAAUCCAACAGAUGCUGAAAUGACUACAUCAUCACAGUCAUUAACAAACGAAUCGGUCUCCUCCCAAUCUUCGAUUGAAUCAACUUCCAAACCAUCCACACCUGGCAGCCAAGGAGAAACAAAACUCAUUAAACCGAUCAUUUCAUCAAGUAGCGAACACGAUCAAUCGAACUCCAAUACUCCAUCAAAUCCAUGUGUACUUUGCUUAACAGAAGAAAAACGAUUAGCCUGUAUACCCUGUGGCCACUUAGCCACAUGUGUUCCUUGUGGACACUCUUUGAGAUCAUGUCCGAUGUGCAGACGCGAAAUAGAAGCGUUUAAAAUAAAAGGGACGCAUAUAUUCAUGCCUCGAUAUCUACUUUUUUUCGCUCAUGAACUGAUCGAUUUCCGACUGGCUGAAUUAUUAAGUUUGGCGGAGAUGUUCGGUUUUCGAGAGAGUAUGACAAUCGAAAGAAAACCAGAGCAAGAUCCAUUCAUGCUAUGCACCUUUUCUCAUGUGGAUCAUUUGAAAUUGUACUCGUCUCGAUCGGUGCUACUGAAAUCUGCUUAUGAAUAUUGGACACACGGAUCAUCAAUGGUCGAUGUUGUCGAUAAAUUGAUCGCCAAUUCUGAUUUGCGUCCGAAACCUAAUGAAACAUGGCGUAUACUUGUUCAUGCGUUUCGAAAACAAUUUGCACAGCCGGAAAAAGUUCAACGAAUUGAAGCAUUUAGUGAUCGAUUGAAUAUCACAAAUCGAUUUUGUUUAAAUAAUAAAGCAGAUUGUACUGUUGGUCUGUUUGAAAACUACGAAGAAGGACUACUGGAACAACCGAAAGAAGUUUUCACUGGGAGAUGGAUAUGUGAUGGAGCACGUCAUUUGAUUGAAAAGUACGACGUGCGAAAGCGUUACUUCAUUGGCAAUACAACCAUGGAUGCUACAUUAUCAUUUGUCAUGGCAAACAUGGCUCAGUGUCAACCGAACCAUGUCGCCCUUGAUCCUUUUUGUGGAACAGGUGGUAUCCUACUGGCUUGUGCAGAAUUCGGUAGUUAUGUAAUUGGAAGUGAAUUCGACUGGCGUGUACUAACAGCACAAGCUAAACCAACGAAAGCCAAUACGAAGCAACGUGCUCGUAACCCCGAUGAAAUGAUGUACCGAAACUUUUCCGAUUAUGGCACAUUGAGUCGCUUCUUGGGUGUCGUUGGUGCGGAUUUUGCCUAUCCACCGUGGCGACCAGGAUUUAUAUUCGACGCUAUCGUUUCCGAUCCGCCCUAUGGUAUUCGUGAAUCCUCUCAACACAAAAGUCGUCGCCAAGGUGACUCGGCCGAAGGUGAUGUACAGAAAUAUGACUUAACAAAUAUCUAUGUUGAUUUGUUGAACUUUGCAAAUGUUUAUCUUCGUGUCGGUGGCCGAUUAGUUUUCUGGAUGCCUACGCAUAUCAUGACUUAUGAUGAAAGUUUAUUACCAACACAUCCGUGCUUUCAAUUAUUUUCCAAUGAUGAACAACAACUCAAUCGAACAACUAGCCGACGAUUGAUAACAAUGGUGAAAACACGCGAGAGUCAAGGUGAUGAGAAGGCAACAGUGAAUGAAAAAUUAUUUAGUAACUUUCGUGAUCUGUAUUUUACAUCCAAUACGAAAAUAUGGGAACAACUGACUAGCGAAAACCCUGUGAUCGAUUCAUCUGUUAUUUCGAAAAAGCGAAAUCAUGAAGAUUGA